AUGUGUCGCAAGAAAAAGAUCAAAUGUGAUGGCAAAAUGCCCAAGUGCUCACACUGCAUUAAUUACAAGACGGAAUGCAUUUUCACCCAAGUCGAGAAGAAGCGCAACCCCCCGAAAGGGGCGAAAUACAUCGAAGGCCUCGAAAAUCGCCUAGGGCGCAUGGAGUCGCUAUUGCGCUUGUCGGGUCUCUUGUCGGAGGAUGACGGUGGCAAGACGGAUCUUGGAACAUUAGAGAAACGACUUGCCGAUCGAACGAAUGCACUGAAUGCAGCAAAUGCAGCAAGUGCGACAAAUGCAACGAAAAACGCAGCCAAAUCCAUGGCCCAAGCAGCCCAGCGAGCCCCAAGCUCCCACCACACUACUCCAAGGAUGGACUCCAACUCCAGCCCUCAGACGGCCGCUACAUCACCGGAAUCACAUAAGUCGGAAACUGAAGUUGAAGCCCUGUCGGAUAUGAUGUGCUCUUUAGUGACAAAUAAUUGCGGUGAGACUCGGUAUAUUGGAUCCUCAUCUGGAUUUUCUAUAUUCUCACCCAAGGGCAUUCAAUGGGUCAAUGAGAAGACCGGUGAUACAUCUUUCCAGGACAUGAUAUCAUCGGCGUAUGUCGAUGACAACAAGUGGAUGUAUUGGAAACCCGAGAUCUUUAGCGAUAUCUUCGCAAGACGUGUGUUCAAACCUCUACCACCAAAAGAAGAGGCUCUUUCACUGUUCAAAGAUUUUUUCGAAAACUUCAACUGCCUGUUCCCGUUGUUCCACGAAGCCACAUUCAUGCAUCUGGUAGAGCGACAAUACUCACGCGACCCCUACGAGGGCUCAGGUUGGUGGGCUAGCAUCAAUGUUGCUCUGGCCAUCUCUCACAGACUCAGAGUUAUGAGUAACCUGGUACCACAUGAGGAGGAUAAAAAAGCUUGGCUAUACUUAAAGAACGCCAUGGGGGUUCUGACUGAACUCACAAUGCGCAACACCGAUCUUUUGAGUGUGCAAGCACUCCUGGGCAUGUCUCUAUUCCUACAGGGGACUCCUAACCCACAGCCUGCCUUCUUCCUCGUUGCCGCGGCCAUUCGACUGUCUCAUAGCAUUGGUCUGCACAAACGCGGCUCUGGCUUCGGUCUCAAUCCAGUCGAAGUUGAGCAGCGGAAGAGAGUCUUUUGGAUUGCAUACCUCUGCGAUAAAGACAUUUGUCUCCGGUCCGGUCGCCCGCCAGUACAGGACGACGAUGACAUGAAUGUCGAGCUGCCGAGUGAAGACCCACCAGACAAUGUCGGAAACGUACCAUUGGCCGAUGGAAGAAGCAAGUUCAACCUAUUCCGUUCGCUCUGUGAAUUCGCCACCAUUGAAAGUCAUGUUUACAAGCGGCUUUACUCCGCCAAGGCAUCGAAACAGUCUGAUGGCGAAUUGCUCAAUACAAUUGGGGAACUUGACAAAGAACUGGAAGACUGGAAGGAUAGUAUCCCUAUUGACUUCCGACCCGAAAACGAUAUUCAAGCUACACACACGCCGCUCAUCAUCCACGUUGUUGUACUACAUUUCGCAUACUACAACUGCCUGACGACCAUCCACCGCAUGUCUGUCCACCAUGGCUAUUGGACCAGCCGUCUUUCCAAUUAUGCCAUCCAGGGACUCAAUGCUCGACCUCUAAAUCCCAGGGUCUUUUUGUCGGCAGUUCUGUGUGUCACUGCUGCCAGGGCUUCAAUCAACUUAAUAAAGUAUAUUCCACAAGGCGAUUUUGCCUGUGUUUGGCUGAUUCUCUACUAUCCGGUCUCUGCUCUUGUAACCCUGUUUGCCAACAUACUUCAGAACCCCAAUGAUGCUCGUGCUCGCUCCGACGUCAAAUUAAUGAACGUGGUGGUCAACUUCCUCUCUACCCUAGUCUCUGAUGAAUCCAAUGGCAGCAUCAAGCGUAUGCUUGGUCUUUGUGGUGAAUUUGAGAGGAUCGCCAAGGUGGUAUUGGAUCGCUCAGAAAAGGAAUCCCAAUCUCGCAAAAAACGCAAGACUGCCCCGGAAGACUCAGCGGAACAAGGCGAAGAGAACCAAUCGAGAACUUCCCCGUCCGCCAAACGUUCACAACCGCCGCCCACUUCCGCCGCCUUCUCUCCCUCUGUAUUUACAACCCCCACGGCCGCAGGCCCCUCGCCUGGCCCGGGUGGAUCCUUUUCAGGGGCUACAAGGCCACCGACAAGUGGCAUGCCUGCAGAUCUCCCAAGCAAUGUCCAUUCCAUGUCUGGCGUCGGACAAGAUUUCUCAGAUAUCCUCAGUCCCGAGCAGAUGGCGGGUGUCGGGUUCCCCGAUCAGCCUCCAUUUGGCGGUGCUAGCCCAGGAAUGGCGCCAUUCCAACAGCCAUUUGUUCCCCAGGAUCUAUGGCAAAUGCCCAUGACAAUCGAAUGGGACUGGGCAGAUAUGACCACUAAUUUCCCCCCAUUUGAAGGUGCUGGCCCACCACCGGGGCAGUGA